AUGGCGAUGGAUGAAUCGUCGUGCGUCGAACGCGUCGGCGUGACGGCGUCGACGUGCGCGAUGGAGGUCGAGCGGGCGAUCGAGGCCGGUGAUGGACUCGCGCGCGCUUUGGCGGCGGCGCUGGCGCGGUGCGGGGCGGCGGCGAGGAUGGGCGGGACGGCGGCGGCGGCGGCGGAGACGGGCGCGACGAUCGAUCGGAUCCUCGAGCGGUGCGAUCGAGAGGUCGAUGACGCGGUGGAGCGAUGCGAGCGGGAUGGAUCGAAGGCAUCGUGUGUCGCGGAUGCGCUCGCGAGGGUGGGAGGGACGUGCGUCUCGGAGCUCGCGGCGGAGGCCUCGGCGUGCGCGCGCGCGACGGGCUCGGACGACGACCGCGACGACGACCCCGACGACGAUUGCGAAGCGGCGAAGAAGGCUCUGGAGGAGAAAUGUCACGCCGAGUACGACGAGAUCAAGCGUGAGAUCUCGAGCGGGGAGAUUUCGUUCGUUGAAGGGAUGAAACGACUCGCCGCCGUCGGCAAGCAGUGCGCCAAGGACGCGUUGGCGUUGAGAAAACGAUGUCAUCCGAACGUCCCAUCGGGGUCGUCGGACUUUUUGCGCGUCGCCAACUAA